CAACUGCUAAUAAAAUCACGGAGGACAUAAUGAAACUUUCCGAUAUUUGUGAAGUUUACUCAGACCCGAAAAAUUUCUUUUUAUUACCAUUCCCAUAUCCCGGUGAAGUUAAACCAAUAGAUAGGUUUGCUAUUAACGAUGAUGGCUUUUUCACCUUCAUGGGAAGAAAGAAAUUCAGCGAUGUUUUAAGUGAAAUCAACACUUUUAAAUCGGGUACCGGUUAUAUGGAAAUGUUUAUUUAUGGCACAGUUGGAUAUGGAAAGUCUCAUAUUCUCACAGCAAUAGCUUGUUUUCUUCUCCGGAGCGGAAAACGUGUUGUAUAUCUUCCCGAUUGUCGCAAACUGGCUGUAGACCCAACAGAAUACAUUCAAUCAGCGUUAUUUCUUACCUACGUGGACGAUGAUGCGAAAACAAACAAAAUUAAUGCCUGUGAAAGUUUUGAUCAAAUCAUAAAAUUCUGCAGAUCAUUAGACGAAAAAUUAUAUUUUAUUGUAGACCAAAUGAAUGCUCUGGACGAAUAUAAUGAUACUGGAAUUAACACAAAUUUAAAGCAAAAAAUUAAAGGGGAUAUUGAUAGGAUGUGCUGGGGCCAUUUUUAUAUUAAGAGCUCUUCAGCAAACAACCAUGCAGUAUUACAUCUUAAGCAAAAACAGACUAAUGAAAAGAAAAUUACACUUUAUGGAGGAUUCGAUGAG